GCAGCAGUUUCUUUCUGUUCAGUAAAGCAGCUGCAGCAGUGCUGAGAUCUGUAUCGCUCCUCCAGGACACAAUCUUCAGGCCUUGAAAAUAAAACCAGAAGGCAUCAGAAUGCUGUCUGUGCUCUUUGGCAAGAAAGACGAGCUCAAGAAAGGAGAACUGAUAAGGUACACCCAGACCCUCCACCACUAUGUGCACAAAUACUUCAACAUCACCAACAGACUUUUAGAGAUACUCAACGCUCACCUGAAUCAAAGCCCUUCCCCUGCAGUGGAAGCAAUUGAGAGUGAAAGCAUUGAGAAAAACUGCGCCAGGGUGAGAGAUGUUAUGCGCCUGAUCCUGGAUGUUUCUGAGAAGGAGAACAAACAUGUCCAAAAGGAGAAACAUGAUCUUUAUGAGCAGAUUGCCUUCUCUGGAGUGUCACUGAAGGACAAGGCUGCAGUGGUAAAGGAUCUGCAUCAGAAGACCAUGGGACUCUUGGGGAACGUCUUCGGCCCUGUAGUCGCUGUUCGACUGGCAAACAGUGAUCUGGGGAGGGUGAUGCCUCCAGUGGAACAGAAUGAAUUUCAGCCUGUUCUGACAUUUGCUCUGGGAGAUCUAGUGCAGAGCAGUGCAAGAAUCACUGAGCUCCUGUGUAGAUCAAGAGAAAAGAGCGUGGAUGAAGCCACACAGUUGGUGGAAGAUGCCCUGUCUGUUCUGAAGACGCCCUGCGACUCCUACAAUGACAUUCUCUGUGAAGUGGAAGCCUACACCACCAUCUUGUCUGAAAACAUGUAAAGCUAACUUAUGAAGACAGCCUUUUCUCAGAGAGCGCAGUAAAGGUUGUGUUGAUAAAUCCUC